AUGCAGGAGGAGAAAGAAUUUGUCUCGGACCUUAUAGAACAAGGUGUCCCUACAGCUGAAGUGAUGGAGAAUGUGGAAGCUUAUUUAAAAAAAGAAGGCAAUAUCGGCAUAGAGGAAGGCAUCAGACGUUUAGAAGCAAUUUAUAGAAAGUAUAAGCAGGUUGAACAGCAACUAACUGAACAGAAAUCACGAUUAGUUUCGAAGCUUCCAGAUUUGGAAAAGUCAGUCAGAGUUAUUAAUCAUUUAGAAGAAAAAUCGAAAAAAAAAGAAAUUGUUGAAGUGACGCAUUUGCUUAGCGAACAUGUUUAUCAGCGGGUGAAAACAGAUUCACCUGAUAAGGUGCUUCUAUGGCUUGGUUCUAAUGUUAUGGUUGAAUUCAGCCUAAACGAGGCGCGAUGCAUACUUGAAGAUAAUUAUAAAACAAAGGAUGGAGUGACGAAAUAUGAAAAAGAGUUGGCAUUCCUCAAGGAUCAGAUAACGACAACAGAAGUCAACAUGGCUCAUGUUUACAACUAUGGUAUUCGACAGAGAGCAGAUCGAUGA